AGCACUAUCGGCACAUGUGGUUUAUUGGGGGAAAAAACAAACAUGGCGGCUGGCGGAGUAUUAAGAGUCGCCCGGCUGACUGCGAAUAUCUGCAGGAGACACCGUUUUUUCGCUGGUAGAAGUGCACAGAGACGAGGGGUAGCUUCAUGUAUCGAUCCAUCUCACGGUCUCACAGAUGAACAGAAGGAGUUCCAGAAAGUGGCCUUUGACUUUGCAGCCAAUGAAAUGGCUCCGCAUAUGGCGGAGUGGGACCAGAAGGAAACGUUCCCAGUGGAGACCAUGCGCAAGGCGGCCCAGCUGGGCUUCGGGGGCAUCUAUGUUCAGCCAGACGUCGGGGGUUCUGGUCUGUCUCGCCUGGACACAUCUGUCAUCUUCGAGGCUUUGUCCACCGGAUGCGUCAGCACCACUGCCUACAUCAGUAUUCAUAACAUGUGCGCCUGGAUGAUUGACAGCUUUGGCGACGAGGAGCAGAGGCAAACAUUUUGUCCUCAACUGUGUUCCAUGGAGAAGUUUGCCUCCUAUUGCCUGACAGAACCCGGCAGCGGGAGUGAUGCCGCGUCGCUCCUGACGAGUGCACAGCGCCAAGGUGACCAUUACAUCUUGAAUGGCUCCAAGGCCUUCAUCAGCGGAGGUGGCGAGUCUGACAUUUACGUUGUCAUGUGUCGCACAGGAGCCAAAGGUCCGAAAGGCAUCUCGUGUCUGUUAGUGGAAAAGGGAACACCGGGUCUCAGUUUUGGCAAAAAAGAACAAAAGGUGGGCUGGAACUCGCAGCCCACCAGGGCAGUCAUAUUUGAGGACUGCGCCGUUCCUGCGAGCAACCUGCUGGGAGUUGAAGGUCAAGGCUUCACAAUUGCCAUGAAAGGACUGAACGGAGGCAGAAUUAAUAUUGCUUCAUGUUCUCUGGGCGCGGCCCAUGCCUCCAUCCAGCUGGCGAGGGACCACCUGUUGGUACGGAAGCAGUUUGGGGAGAGUCUCUCCAACAACCAGUUCCUUCAGUUCAAAUUGGCAGAGAUGGCCACCGAUUUGGUGGCGUCUCGACUUUUGGUACGCCAGGCUGCCGUGGCGCUUCAGGAGGAGCGAGCGGAUGCCGUGCAGCUGUGCUCUAUGGCCAAGCUCUUUGCCACCGACCACUGCUUCAACAUCUGCAACCAAGCUCUCCAGAUGCACGGCGGCUACGGUUACCUGAAGGACUACGCCGUGCAGCAGUUUGUGCGUGACAUCCGCGUGCAUCAGAUCUUAGAAGGAACCAAUGAGGUGAUGAGGAUGAUCAUCUCACGAAGUCUUCUGACAGAGACCUGAUAAGAGUCCUUGGAACACAAAUUGCCAUGCUAGUACUUUGGAAAGGCCCAGGAGCUUUUGAGGGUGGGGUCGAACCGGAACCAUCGAUUUGCAAAAAGAUGAUAUUCUCUGAUGAAUCUAUCGAUCUAAUGGAACAAGUGUUGUCACUUUGCAGUGGAUUUCUGUUACUGUCGUAUUUUGGCAUCCCGGGGAUUAGGGUGCCUAAUGUGUUUGUAUCACAUUACUGUUACCUCAUUUGUCUUCAAAUGGCCUUGUCCAGUCUUUUUAAUUGUUUCUUUUCUGUUCAUGAAUUGCAAUACAAUUUGUACAUUCUGUAGGUAAAGAGAUAUACGGUAUUUGAUAGAAACACUCCAAAUAAAAAGUCAAAUCAAAAUCAAAUCAAAUAA